CUGUUCUGGAAUCUGGCCCUCCUGACGAGCUGACCUCUGCCCAUAGGUAAGAUGGUUGACAUGGGAGAAGAAGUCACCUGUUUCUCAGGGAGCAACAAAGGCAGCAACUCAGAGGUCCAGUCACUGAGCUCCUUUCAGUCUGACUCCUGUGAUGACAAUGCCUCCAUAGUGACGGUCAUUCGACUGGUUAAUGAUGCAGUCGACACAAUCGAAAGUGAAGUGUCAGUCAUGGACCAAGGUCAUACCUACAACAGAGGUGACUACCACCACUCCUCCCCUACCUGUUCAUUUACCUCUUUAUCUUCUGCAGUGGGUAGACAAAAUAGCAAUCACCCAAUAAAAAUGACUUGAAUUGUGCAGUAACAAAAAUGCAAUGUGUCAUUUUGAGUAUGUGUCAUUUGGCAGCAUUUUACAACUUUGGGCUUCUCUGGAGCUCAUGCAGUUUUUCUGCAUGACUUUGUAUUCAAACUAUAAGUGCUAAUUGGCAGGCAUGCUUUAUAGCUAAUAAGUGAUGCUAAUUAGCAUUCAAUGUAAUAUGGCCUAUCAAAUUGAUAAGAUUAGUUUUGAGUUAUAUUCCCAGACUACACUGCUUCUUCAAUCAUCACUCGCACUAACCUGCUUAAUGUUCCCACUACAAACUCCCAACUUUUUUUUUGGCCACAAAAGAUCAAACAGACCAGCUAAGCAAAGAAAGUGUAGAGGAGAAAAGAGCUGGCUCCAAGUGAAUGAGCACUAGAUACAGUGUCUGUUAUUGUGACCAGAACAUAAUGCGUGUGUCCAAUGGGCAUACAGCUUAAUGGCCUCAUCACAGUAGCAUUUAAAACUGUGAGAUUUUGAGACAAAUCGGUUUAUUUCUGUGGAAUCACAGCACUCUCAGAUCUUCUCACAGGGGUGAAAUAAAUCAGGUCAAAUCUUUUGCAUUUAGCUAAAAUUUGGUGAACUUUGACAAGUAAAUUCCUUCUGUUCAUCAGCACCAAACUGUAUCAUUUGUUGACAUUUAAUGACUAGCAACUGAGUUAGUUAGCUUGUGAACUAGCAGUUAGCUGCCAGCUAUCUUGCAGGGAUGCUGUGACUAGAACUGGAAUGUAAGUUAGUGUGUCAGCUACAGUAGUUCAACUAGCCUCUGGAAUAGUCAUUAAGUCACAGUUUUCAUUACUAUCUUCAUGAGACGGUUUCUGGUGUGAUUAGGUUUCUAUAUCAAAGGUAUUAAAAGGCAUGUUUUUGACCACUAGUAUGAGCAUGGAGCUAGUUUUUUUGAGUGGGUCCAUGUUUUUGCUCUUGUACAAAUACAUGUGGGUGAGGUGAUACAAAGUUUUGUCAGUGGUUUCACUCCAAUCCAUUAGUCUACUGGUGAGAGUAAUGAAUCAAAAAAUGUAAUAAUGCACCAGCAGAAGGCUGCAAGCAACUAGACAUAGGUGUAAAAAAUGAGAAAGGAAAAUCAGACCAUGGAGUCAUACAGUGAGCUUUGGUGUAUCACAAGGAAUGUAAACAACUUUAGAAAACUCCACACAGCAGCUUAAUUCCUAAAGCUACCACUUUUCUCAUCCUUCUGUAGGGAAGCCAGUUAGCAUAAAAUUAGCUGCACUUUCUGUGCAAUAGUCGGAGCUCUGAAUCUAUAGCCAACAUCUAACCUCCAUCUUGCUCCACCAUCAAAACACCAUCUACAAGCAGAUGG